CGAGUCCGAGCGCCCGUGUCCCGGUGCCGUCGGCCCGCAUUGCUGCCGUUCCGAACGCGCUCUCCGGACGCAAUAGUGUUCUGUGCUGUACGACGUCGUUUUGCGCGACGAGACACAUCGCAUCAUCCAGCAGUACCGUCGCAGCGAUGAGCACUGCGACCGCCACCGCCAUGGCCGUGAAAGACUUCGUUACCGUCGUCUCGGUGGAUGGCGGCGGUAGCGACGUCCAGCCGGUCGACGAUGAUUCGUUUGUCACCGUACUGUCCAUCGGCGACGAGCCGGCGGUGGACGCGGCCACUGCCCGAGCCACCGAGGCCGCGGUCGCCGAAGAAGUGCUCGUCUACCGUCUGCCCGGCGAGCGGCUGGGUUUCGGGCUGCGGUUCGACGGCGUGGACACGUGCAACAGGCUGUUCGUGCAGUCCUGCGCCGACGGCAGCCCGGCAUCCCGUACUCAGGCGUCCUGGGGCCCGUUGAGCCCCGGCGACGAGAUCGUGCGCAUCAACGGCCGCCCGGUCAACAAACUAAGCCGUGACGACUGCGUCCGGUGUCUCAAGGAGUCCGGGUUGGUGGUCAAGUUGCACAUGAUCGACGGCCGGCUGACGGUCAAGGUGCCGCCGCCCGUGCCCCCCCGGAAACAGAAAAAACCGGAACCGUUGCCGCCACCGAUCGCGAAUUCCGCCGUGUACACGGACGCCGUCGAGAGGUUCGUCUACCAUGGCGAGUCGGAAUCGGACGACACCAACAGUAGCGUGUCCACGGUGGUGUCCAAGUGUCCGACAUCGUUCGCCGACGACGAGUGCGCCGACAGCAAGAACUGCGUGCUGGACCGGGUAUUGGAGCCAUUCAUGCAGCUGGAACGGGAGUUCUCGUCGAGCGCGGCCAUCGGCGACGACGUGGGCCUAUACGAGAAGCUGGUGGCCGUGGCCGAGGAGGACCGACUGCCGCCCAAGCCGCUACCGCGCAAGGAAGUGCGGCCGCCCAAGAAGAAACCUCCGCCGCCGCCGUCGCCAUCGCCACCCGUUUACCGGUUACCACCCAGGCUGGUGGACUUUGUGCACAAGGACGAACUACCCCAAGCGGCUGCCGCCGGCGACAACGACGACGAAGACGACGUUUUCGCAAACUCUGAUCCGACACCUUGUCCAGACGGUGACCAAAACUUAAUCACGGAACAAGAUGAUCCGAAAAAAGACAUCGAUCGGGAGAGUAACGCGGCUUCGGUCGGACCGGCGGACCUGACGUUCGGCUGCGAACUGAAUCGUCCGUCAGUGGUGACGGCCAUGAAGUCGUCGUGCAGCGUGGCGGCCACGGAAUACGGCAGAACGGACUCGGAAACGGACUCGGAGGGUUCGAGACACAUGAUGGCGGCUCCGGCUAGAAGAUCGAGUUCGGGCAGAACGGACGAGGUGUGCAACCGAAGCGUGCGCGACAAGAUAGCAAUGUUCUCGCGGGCUACCGCGGCCGGCAGCAGCGGUGAGAAAAAGGACCCGUCACCGUCGUUGUUGUCCACCUCUUCGGCGUACUCUACGGGAUCGCCGGACUCGUCGCCAGCCACAUCACCGAAGGCUGCGUACAGCACGCUGUCGCGCAAGCCCGAAACCCAGUGGCCGGUGGCGCACCGGUACCCGGAGGCCGCGCCGCUGUCGCCGCUGGGCGCGGUCGCGGACCACAGGCGCUCGCAGAGCCUAGUCGAGCAGCCAUACAGCAAGUACUUCAACACGAUGAACGCGUACGCGGAGAUGGGACGAUCGUCGUUGAACGCGCUCAUCGAGCAACGUCGGCGCAGCAUGUCCAAACUCCGCGGACUGGUCAUCCCGGAGAAGGUGCCCGAUGACACCGGGGCUGCGAGUGGCGCGCAUGGCGACGUCGCCGACGACCGCCCACUACUACAUCGGGCCGUCAUCCCCGACCUGCCGUUGGUGGUCAAAAGCUCGAGGCCGCGUGACCACAGCGACCGCGACGACAACGAACGCGUGGACGGUGGUCGCGACGAAGCGGCCGUACUGUGUCCGCCGACCAAGACUUACGUUAAUGGGCCACCGCCGGUGAUGGGCACGGUGACUAGGUACGCGAAUCCCGUAAAAACGGUUGCGCGACAGCCACUGAUAGUCGUGCCGGCAGUCCCGGCGCUCCGGGAACAGCGACACCCUUCGCCUCCGGAACAGCGGCGUCCGUCAUCCGCUUCUUCUUCGCCAUCGUCCUCGUCCUCGUCGUCGUCGUCAUCGUCGUCGUCAUUGAACUCGAGCCGCGAGGAGCUCAGGCACAUACACGACGAACGGCCGCCGUCCUCGGUUAAGUCCAAGACUUCGUUCAAAACGGAUAGCGACGAAGACUCUGCGCUCAGCUCGAGCCGGUCGAGCACGUCGCUUCAGCAGUAUUCGCCAGCCUCGUCCCCGCCGCCGACGGCGACCACUCAGCCACCACUACCGCCCUUGCCGUCCUCGUCACCGCCGCCGCUGGUAGCGAGCACGUCCAACGUCGAGCCGGGCAGACGGGUGCUGAAGGCCGAGAGCGUGGAGGCCAUCAAUCGAAAGAACGUACUGUGCUCGGCCCGGAUCAGCAGCGGCAAACCGGAAUUGCUUCAACAGCAGCAACAGUACCCGACGACCGGUAACCAUCACGUCAAGACUGAGUACCACCAUCACCACCAACACUUGGACGGCGUUGGUUUGUCACUCAAGGCCGCCGCGAAGACCGUGUUCGCGACCGGGGCCUUCAACAACCCGACCGGCGGCGGUGGUAACCGUUACACGCACAACCGCAUGUCGUCCAUGGAGUCAACGACCAGCGAUGAUUCUUCCAUGCAGUACACGGUCAACGCCGAGCCGUUCGGCAGCAUCAGCUCAUUGGCCUCGUCCACCAGCCUGAUAUCGCAACAGGAACUCCAGCAGCUCAUCGACGAUGCGAACCAGACGCUCGAGGACAACACCAUCGGCAGUACCGGUACCAGUAUCACUGCGAUCCCGCCGGCUGUCCCACUAUCCUUCGAGGUGAUGGUCGUUAUACUGCACCGAGACAUGGCCACCAGCAGCGUGGGCAUCACGUUGGCCGGCGGUGCCGAUUACGAGACGAAAGAGAUAACGGUGUAUAAAGUGUUGACCGGAAGCCCGGCGGACAAAGACGGCCGUAUCCGGAAAGGCGAUCGCAUAUUGUCGAUAAAUGGCAAGAGCAUGAAAGGGAUCACGCAUCGGGAAUCGUUGGCAAUACUCAAGGCCCCUAGAUCUGAAGUAGUGCUGGUGAUAUCUAGAUGCAAAUCGGACACAACCGUCGAAUCUGUUGGACCGCCUCUGUCUGUCAACCAAGUGACUUCGGCCAAAAAUGACGUAGUUAAAAACCGCGUGUACGGACCUCCAACCAUAGUGAUGUUGUCCAAAGACGGUUCUGGAUUGGGCUUUAGCUUAGAAGGCGGUAAAAAUUCACCUAUCGGCGACCAGCCACUGACAGUGAAAAAGAUAUUCACCGGCGGGUGCGCAGAACAGUGUGGACAGAUAUUGGCUGGAGACGAGCUGGUGUCUGUGAACGAUAUAGACGUGACCGGCAUGUCGCGUACGGAGGCAUGGAAUCUAAUGAAGAGGCUAGUGAGUGGCACUGUUACUCUCUGCAUACGGCACGUGGUUUGAGCACAAGUCAUUAUUAUUUUUAUUACGGAGACAGUUAAAAAUACAAUUUUUUAUCAUAAAAUCAUACCUAACUUAAGAAAUAAAAUGCAACAAAAAACGAUUAAUAGCAAAAUGUGUUAUAAUUGUCUAUAGUCUUUAUUACCAUAUUUGUAAAAUACAAUUUCUAAUAAUUACAUUUAAUAAACAAUAUAACUAAA